AUGGGUAGUUGCGAUCACUACCCAAUCCUGAUCAAGCCCAACUUGUCGGUUACCAACCCAAAAGCCCACAAGAGCUCUGUCUGGCGACGAAACUUGCGGCGCAGCAACCUGGACGCCUUUGGCCGCUGGAUCACUCAAUUUUGCUGGAAUACCAUCUUGAGCCUUCAGACGGCUAGGGAAAAAUUUGAGCGGUUCUAUACUGUCAUCACUGACGCUGUGAACACUUAUCUUCCCUUGCAGAGAGUUCAAGUCUGUGCCACAAACAAACCCUGGAUUGGCACAUCACUUUGUUCCUUGAUUGCUCGCAGACAGAAGGCUCUUAUCACCCUCGGUAAAGACUCUCGCCUGUACAAAGAACUCAGGAAUCAAGUGCAAAGAGAGUGUAAAGUAUGCAGAGAAAGAUACUAUUCCAACAAAGUUGCUGCGCUUAAAGAGUCAAAUAUUUCUCGCUUGUGGCAGGAAGUCAAAUGUCUGAGUGGCUCUGUUGUCUCAAAUGAGUGGUGGCACCAGCUGAUGGAUGACUCUACCCCGUCGGUCCAGAUUCUUGCUGAAAGAUUCAAUGAGUUUCUUCUUGGUCUUACGUCUAAUUUCGCGCCCAUCAGCCAGCAAGUUACCUGCUCGGGGCCAGUCCCCCCUGAACUGCUUAUCACCCCUGGAAAGGCGUUUAAAGCCCUAAGUCGCAUCAAAGUGAAGAAGUCAUCUGGACCUGACCCAAUCCUCAGUGUCAUAUGGAAGGAAUUUGCCCCUGAACUGUCUGAUGUCGUCUGCAACCUGUACAAUUUCUCAUUGAUGGAAGGCUUUGUUCCCCAAGAACUGAAGGAGUCGAUUGUCCAUCCAGUGCCAAAGUGCUCCCCUCGAAAGACUCUGAGUGAGGACCUUAGACCCAUUACCCUUACUUCUCAGUUAGCUAAAGUUAUGGAGGGAUUUGCACUUGAUUCGCUCUUCGCAUGCGUUAAGGAUAAGCUUGACCCUAAACAGUUCUCUGUAACAGGGAAGUCUACUGUGCAGGCCCUGGUGUAUUUUCUCCAUUGCAUCCUUGAAUCGCUUGAAAGAGCCCGACCACAGCGCGUCAAAAUCAGUGGCCACACCUCAUCGCCUGUGUUCCCUAAUGGGGGCAUACCACAAGGCACUAAGCUUGCUCCACUAUUGUUUGGUAUACUUGUAAACAGGCUAGCGAGCACUUGGCCAUAUCGCAUUAAGUAUGUUGAUGACACCACUAUCUUUGAAGUGAUUCCCAGGUGCUCGCCAAGUUAUCUGCCAUUUAUUGCUAAUGAUAUUUGCAAUUUUGCUACGGAGCGUGGGAUGAGACUCAACCCCAAAAAGUGUCGGGAAUUAGUCAUUAAUUUCCUGCAGUACCAGCCCUCGCCAGGUAAUGCCCUGCAACACAUGGGCUCCGUGAUUAAAAGGGUUGAAAGCUACAAAAUCCUCGGUGUCCACAUUAGCUCAGAUCUAUCGUGGAAUAAGCACGUAGACUAUGUAGUUAAGAAGGCAAACAAAAGGCUCUACGCUCUCCGGCUCCUUAAGAUAUCUGAAGUACCGGUCCAGGAUCUUGUUGCCAUCUAUUGUGUACUCAUUAGAUCUGUUGUGGAGUACGCAGGUCCAUUAUGGGCUAAUAUACCAGGGUUCCUUGUCUACAUUGUUGAGUGCAUCCAAAAGAGGGCCCUCCGUAUCGUUUUACCCCAUCUACGAUACAAGGAGGCCUUGGACGCCAGCGGGCUCCAAAGUCUUGCUGACCGCAGGCGCGAGCUUUGUAUCAGUCGCAUGACCUCCGCUAAGGAGCUAGAACCCCUUCGAUCUGUAAUUACUGGAGGCGUAAUUAAUAACGAGCAUGAAUACUCACUAAGAUCCGGCAGUAUGAAUACCUACAAACUUAUUUCUGUAACUAAACGCUUUGGUGACUUUGUAACUUAUCGAUUUCUGUAA